CAGCCGGGGACACGCUACAUUGUUUGAUGCCAAUGUAGCCGAUAACGAGGUUGAUAUUUACUGCGGUGUCCAUCCACGUCUCUGUGUUUAGAACAAGUUCGCGCUCGCUGCAUCUGGAUACGAGAUUUUUUCUUUUAAGUUCUACACAAAUAUAUGUCACUUCCGCUGUACUCGAUUCGCCAUUUUGGACAGGCUUGGCCCGAGCCAUGAUGAGGAAUGGUCUCGAUAUAGGAAAACUUGCCGUUAAUGAUGCUUCUUCGUUGUAUAUUUGAUUUGAGGAUAAUCUGACCACUGUAGAACAACACACUGUAUCGCACUGGCCAGCGUACACCUCAGCAACUGGGCAUAUUUAAUUUACUGAAACACAUGGCACAGAUGAUCAGGAUGAGUUGCUCAGCCCCACCGGCAGCCGAGUUUAGACGAAGGACAACUGCAGCACCGGGUUGGACACAAUAAACUGGAGUCGGUCUCCUCUGUCCUGCGGUUUGGAUGGAGUAACGUACAGUCCCUGAGGGGUGAAAUAUUUGCUGUCCCGAAAGAAAGAGAGCAGCAGCAAAGAUGUUUCAGCUACCGGUGAACAACCUCACCAGGAUACGAAAGGCCAGGAAGUCGGUGAAAAAAGUGCUUGUUGACAUUGGAUUGGAGUACUGCAAGGACCAUGUUGAGGAUUUCAAGGAGUUUGGUCCUGAUGAUCAUUAUGUGAAGAGUCUUGGUUGGGAGGAUGUCUGUCUGUGGUAUCCACAAAAACCACAGGACUACAGAUCAAAGCAGUUUUGCUGUUCAGAGUGCCCCUUCUCUUCCAAAUACUUCUCGGGAUACAAGAACCACUUUCGCAAUGUGCACAGGCAGGACUACGAGAAGCACAUUCUACUCAACUGCCCCUACUGCAUGUACAGCGGCAAUAAGAGGUCCUUGGAGACUCAUGUGCGGCUCUUCCAUGCGGCCAACAACGCUUACCGUCAGAACAUGACGUCCAACCAGGCCAACAUGAUGGCGAUGAAGGACGGCUCGCUCCAGGCUGUGUACUUUUGCAAGACGUGCACCUACCAGGACCCCCUGUACAACGUAGUGCGUCGGCACAUUUAUCGCGAGCACUUCCAGCAUGUGGCUAAGGCCUAUGUGGACAUGGACUCUGAGAACAAAUCAGGUGGUAAUGGCUCUGGCGCUGGCAUAAAUGGCAUCCAGUGCAAGAUCUGUCAGUUUGCACCACGCUCCUACGAGGCACUGGUACAGCAUGUGGUCGAGUUCCAUGAGAAGAUUGGAUACCAAGUUACUGCACUGAUUGGCCACACAAACAUCCCCGUGUCCAGACCCACAUAUCAGGCAGGUUUGUCAAGAGGAGCCGUCUUGACUUCUGGAGGUUGGCGACCUCAGACACCCCAGCAGAUGAACCGCAUGGCCCCCCCCAAAAUGCAGGGGAUACCAGUCUUGGAUCACUUGAAGCAAAAUACUAUAGGGUAUAAGCUUCCUAUGGGGCAGCCUAUCCGCAUGGGCCCCGCUGACAGUGCAAAACUGUUGGGCGCGUGUGAUCCCAUCCCGGUCAAGAAGCCGCAUAAUGUGUCCACUGCUCAAACACAGAAGUGGAAGAUCUGCACAGUGUGCAGUCAGCUCUUCCCAGAGAGUGCAUACAGUGCCCACUUUGAGAAGGAGCACCAGGCAGAGAAGGUGAGAGUGAUGGCCAAGUACAUCAUGAAGAUCCAUAACUUUACUAGCAAGUGUCUGUACUGCAACCGCUACCUGCCCACCGACACACUACUGAGCCACCUGCUGGUCCAUGGGCUUUCGUGCCCGCUGUGCUACACCACAUUCAACGAAGUGGAGAAAAUUGUAGCACACAAACGCCAGUGUUGCCCCGAGGACACGAAGACUGCUCCUGGCGAGUCUCCACUAACCUUUGACCUCACUGUUGCUCUUGGCAAGCCCAAGAACAUCCAGCUGAUCGUUACUACCUAUAACAUGAAGGACGCCUCUGAACAGUCCUCCACUAAGGCACAGGCCCACAUGUCUGACCUACCCAAGAAAGUGCAUGUAAAGAUACCAGACAGUCAGCACGAGUCACCGGCUCCAAAGGUGCCUCCUGCGAGUCUGACACCCAAGACGGAGGUCGGCAAGACCCUGUGCCCCCUCUGCUUUUCCAUCCUGAAAGGGCCCAUAUCUGAGGCUCUGUCUCUCCAUCUGCGGGAGCGUCACCAGGUGAUCCAGACAAUGCACCCUGUGGAGAAGAAGAUGACCUACAAGUGCAUCCAUUGCCUCGGUGUAUACACAAGCACCAUGACUGCCUCCACCAUCACGCUGCACCUGGUGCACUGUCGAGGCGUGGCUCAGUCUCAGGGAGGUACAGCCAGGCCUAGCACUGCUAGGGCUGGUCAGGUCACCAAGCCUGUGGCCACCUUGCGUCCCCCAGGCAUAGGGACUCUGAAACGUGAGCUGCCUCCGCCCGAUAGUCUGGAUGCGAAAAAGAGGAAAAUGGUGGACCACACCAGAUGCUACCCCACUAUAUUUGUGGAGAAGCCCGAGGAACCGGUUGUGUUGGCUUUGGAUCCCAAAGGCCAUGCGGAGAAGACCUACGAGGCUCGUAAAGCUUUCCUCACUGCCUACUUCAACUGCCACCCUUACCCGUCGCAGCGUGAGGUGGAGAAGCUCGCGGCCAGCCUCUGGCUAUGGAAGUCCGAUGUCUCCAGCCACUUUGCCAACCGGCGCCGCUCAUGUGAGCGAGACUUCGUCACGAGGAAGGCUGUUGUGUUGCUCGGCUUCAACAUGCGUGCUGUCAACCAAGUCAAGCAUGACUUGGACUUUGACCCGCAGUGGUAUUUCGAGGGCACGGAUGAUGACGACAGCAGGCUCUCAAAGAUUACUAAAUCCAGAUUGAAGGAUGCUGGAGGCUUUCAUCACAGUGAGAAUGCCAAAGCAGUCCAACACUUUGUCAUCAGGCAGCCUGUGAUCGCAGGACAGGGUAGUCUAAACAAGCCGAGCAACAGUGCCUUCACGCCGAAACCCGGCUCUUAUCAAGAACCCAUAUCCAUUGACUCUGAUAGUGAUUCUGAUGUAGAAGAGACGACCAGUUACGCUAAGCCCUACGAGCGACCUCAUACCGUGUUGGCAAGGGGAACCGGUGCCCACUUGGGCCAGCAGCCGGUGUUCCUCUCUCAGGAGAGACGGCCUAGGCCCCAAGAGAACUCCUCACGUAGUUUAACUGGACUCAUAGAUGGACCCUCCAUGGGCCACUCGGCCAGAGAUGCAGCCAAGAACCUGGACAGCUCUCUGUCUGUAUCCAGCCCCGAGGAGGAGUCAUGGGCCCGUGGCUCAGUGACCCUCGACGAUAGCAGUUAUAGACCAGCUGGUAUUUUUGAAGGACAGGGGAAGGAAGUGGGGUUGGUGGGUAGGUGAGCAACAGGACCUUGAUCACCCUCCAAUUUGCUGCCAAUCUCUGUAUCUCUCCACAGGAGAAGACUUGACUGACUUUAUGAGAAUAUUGACCUCCCUACCAUUUUGUUUAUGGCUAUAACAGAGGAAAUGGUUACACAGAGAAGACAUUGCUAAUUCAAAGUAACAACAAUUAAAAAAAAAAAACAUUUAAUUUGAUUCACUCUGGUAAAACCGUUGUGCUGAAAAAUAUACAUUGUGCUGACUGUGGAAAAAAAUAUGCAUUUUGAUGAUAGAUUCCAUCACUUCAGUGAUGUUGAAGGGUGUCAACGGCAGUGAUGAAAAAUUGCCUGCUGGAAGUACUGUUUGGAUUUGACUGAGAUGAAUAUGGACCUCUAUUUUCCCAAAUUGUAUAAUUUAAGUGUCUCUUGUGUAUAUUUUAUAUGCAUUUCCCUCUAUUUAAUCAUUCUUAACAAGUAGUUGCUAAAAAUCAUGGAAAAAAUGGGUUUUCUCUUUUGUUUUUCUUUUUUGUCAAUAAAAAAGGCAAGCGUAGCCUAAUUUCACAAAAGUAAUCGAAAUUGUGUCAUACAGAUAGUAACUUUUCAACUUAUAGAAGAUGAUCUCAUGCAUAACUUUUCUGUUUAUUUCCUAUUUAUUUUUCUUUUGCCAUUCUUCCUGGCUUCAGACCAUUCCCUCACACAGAGAACAUUCUCACAUCCCUCAGAUGUUGAAGCUCUGAAUGUGAAUGGCUCUUGUAGACUUAAAGACCUCAGCUAGUCCCAAGGGUGCAGGUUGGGAGAUCAGACCAGAUGUUGGAGUAAAAGUUGGUGUGUGUGUGUGUGUGUGUGUGUUGAGUGAGUAUGUGUCCUCUCUCAGCUCCUGCUUUGUGGUUUCAAGUGCUUUGAUCAUUAAGAUGCUUAGGAUAAUAAUCAGAUGGGGAAAAAACAUUGUUUUUUCUUUUGAGCUAAAUCUACCUGUACAAGCUUGAAUAUGUUGUUUUCUAAAAAGGGCACAAAUACAAGGUUUCGUGUAGACUAUUGUCCCUGGGAGGAUGACACUAUUCUGGUGGUCUUAAUAACUUGCAUGAUGUGGACACUGUAGAUUUAGCUAUUCUGAGGACUUUAUUUCUCUUUUAGCCAUGGCAGUACUGGUGAAUUCCUAUUUCCAGUAUUGGAAAUGAUCUUUUGAAUCAUUGAAGAGCUGUGCAGAUGUUGUUUAUCUAAUCUAAUCAGAUUUGUACCCCAUACGAUUGAUUGAAAGCUUCAAACACUCAUGUAAUUCUUGAGACUCUACUACAUUUGUCAGCUUUUUUCAUAUGUUGGGAUUUGCCUGAAAUGAAUUAAAUUAAUACAGUGUUUAUUAAUUACCGUCUUAUUGUGCUAUGAAACCCGACAAGUGUUUUUGUAUUUUUAUAUAUGAUGGGGGGGAGAAAUACGAUUAUUCUGUUAUCAUUCAGAGACAGAUGCCCACGUUAUUUCUUUAUUAUUUUUUCUUUUUUUCCCUUUUUUUUUGGAAUGUGAGGGUUUGUGUAAGGAUCUCAGAAAUGUUUAUGUUGGCAGUCAUGAUUAUUAUUCACUGUCUGAAUGCUAGGUAUUUGUCCUCUGUGUGACUAAUGUGUAGCAUCUUUUUUGUUAAAUUAUGUAGUUAUUUUGAACAAACUCCUUUUGAAAAAAAAUAAUAAAAAGUGAACUUUUGUUGAGACACCACAUA